CGUUCUGUCAUUCCUCAACGUAAUUUCGCAAUCUAACAAAAAUCGCGUGCCAUUUAUUCUCUGGAUAAAAAACGUGUUUUUCCUCAAGUAAAAUUACUAAAUCAACUCAUUAACAACUCAAAACAAUGUCUCACACAUGCAUCAACUGUAAUGUUCGAUUUCAAGAUGCAGAUAUGCAAAGAGAUCACUACAAAACGGAUUGGCAUCGCUAUAAUUUGAAGCGACGUAUAGCCGAAUUGCCACCCACUACGGCUGAAGAAUUCGUGAAAAAAGUGCAGCAACAAAAAACGGCUGCCGAAACGGUUCAUCAAGAAACGUCAUUGUACUGUAAUGCAUGCCACAAGCAGUUCAAUUCGGAAAAAUCGCAUGCCAAUCAUUUGAAUAGCAAAAAACACAAAGACAAUUUGAAUAGUUUGGAACCACUGCAGGAGAUCACAACGAAAACGGUGAAGCAGCCGAAUGCACAGCCGAUUGAGGACGAUGAGAAUAUUGAAGAGGUCGAUUCCGAUGAAUGGGAUGACGAUAUUGAAAAUCCAAUCACCAACAACGAGUGUAUGUUCUGCAGCCAUCAGAGUGAAUGCCUUGUAGAUAAUGUCAAGCACAUGUCAGUUGUCCACUCAUUCUUCAUUCCUGAUGCCGAUUAUCUGGUUGAUAUGGAGGGAUUACUGGUUUAUCUUGCUGAUAAAAUAACGAAAGAUUUCAUUUGCAUUUGGUGCAACGAUCGUGGUCGAACCUUCUACUCUCUGGAUGCCGUGCGUAAACAUAUGAACGACAAGGGACACUGUAUGAUGUUACACGAAGGAUUAGCCUUGGCUGAAUACGCUGAAUACUACGACUACAGCAGCAGUUACCCGGAUAAUGAUGAAGGCAUGGACGUUGACGAAGAAGUGGCUCCGGAAGUGCUCGAAGGCGAUGAAUACCAACUGGUUCUACCAUCCGGCGCAGUCAUCGGUCAUCGUUCGUUGCUCAGGUACUAUAAACAGCGGUUGAAUCCAUCUCGAGCUUUGGUGCCGUCCAAGUCGAACAAACGUUUGCACAAGGUGUUGGCUGAAUAUCGUUCACUCGGAUGGAGUGCCACUCAACAGAUGGCUGCAGCGAAAAAGGCUAAAGAUAUUCAUCACAUGAAGAGACAGUAUCAGAAAUGGAACAUGAAGUUGGGUGUUAAGGCAAACAAAUUGCAACGACAUUUCAGGAUACAGAAUGAGUUGUACUAAUUGGUGCGGAACUUGUCUCGUGAAAAAUAAUAAAUUUUAUACGAAAGUUAAC